UUUUAUAUAAAAAGGGGUGCAGGAUAAGAGAAUCUACAUCACUUGGCUAUGGGUAUCUGCAUAUCCUCAGCAUCUUUGGAGAAUCAAGAGAUUGUUAUUGAGGGUUAUGAGAAUGUGGUGUUUGUAGAUAAGAGGUUGUGUUCUAAUGGGAUUCCAAAGCUUGCAUCUAUCCAUUCACAGCAAGGGAAGAAAGGGCCUAACCAGGAUUCUGCCAUCAUAUGCCAGGGAUAUGGCAUGGAAGGGGGAGUUUUUUGUGGAGUGUUCGAUGGGCAUGGAAGAAAUGGUCACAUAGUAAGCAGAUUAGUGAGAGAUCGGCUGCCGUGGUUGGUAUUAAACCAACGGAAUGCGAUUGCUUCGCUUAAUCACAUCACUAAUGAUGAUUAUGGAGAUGUUAAUGAAAGCUUAGAUGGUGAUUUAGUUUCAAGUAAGAUAUUUGAUGGAUGGAAAGAGGCAUGUCAUAGUGCUUUCAAGGCCAUGGACAAGGAACUCAAGCUUCAUGAGAAAUUGGACAGUACUUGUAGUGGGACCACUGCAGUGGCCAUCAUCAAACAGGAUGAAGAUCUUAUUAUUGCUAAUCUUGGUGACUCAAGGGCAAUUUUGGGGACCAUGUCUGAUGAAAGUGCCUUAAUAGCCGUUCCACUAACUACGGAUUUAAAGCCCAGCCUACCUGAAGAAGCAGAGCGUAUAACAAAAGCCAAUGGUCGGAUAUUUGCGUUGAGAGAGGAGCCCAGCGUACAGCGUGUAUGGUUGCCGGACGAUGACUUCCCUGGCCUUGCAAUGGCUCGUGCCUUUGGAGACUUCAGGCUAAAAAACUACGGGAUAAUCGCCACCCCUCAGAUCACCCAUCAUCGCAUUAGCAGCAAUGAUCAGUUUCUUGUUCUAGCAACUGACGGGGUAUGGGACGUGCUUAGCAACAUACAAGUUGCAUCAAUUGUGUGGUCAGCGAAGAGCGAAGAAGCAGCAGCAAGAAUGGUGGUCGAUGCAGCAGUUCUUGCGUGGCAACACAAGUUUCCAUCUUCAAGGGUGGAUGACUGCUCUGCUGUUUGCCUCUUUCUGCAGGAGAGAAGGCAACAACAAUAGCUGAUGCUGAAUAACACAUGAAAAGAAAGAAGAUAGUCUUUGUAUUUGUCUGCAUCCCUGAAAAGAGUCUUUCUUUAAAGAAGAAUUCCAUGUUUAUAUGAACUAUAAGCCUCCUAGCCUGUAUUGCACUGAAGGAGCAUCGGAAAAGAUCUGGUCCAUACAGCAUUCACCGCAUGGGCUCAUUACCAUCA